AUGAUCGAUAUUGUGAUUGGUGCAGACAUUUUCUUCGAUCUCUUCAAGGUUUCUGGAAGAAUUCCACUUGGAGAAGGCUUGCCAAUACUCGUCAAUUCUGUCCUUGGAUGGGUCGUCUCAGGUCGUUCUAAUCGCUGUCAACCAUCAACAACGAUAACUGCAAACGUGGCAUCCGUCACCGAAUUACACCAGCUUAUGGAACGUUUCUGGAAAUUAGAAGAAAGUGAAUCAUCUCCAUGUUACUCAGUGGAGGAAGCAGCUUGUGAAGCUCAUUUCUGCCAAACCAUUUCCCGCUCAUCAGAAGGUAGAUACAUUGUACGCUUACCACUGAAGGAUGACGUCAUCAUCAAUCUCGGCGAAAACCGACGCACCGCUGUCCGUCGCUUCCAUUUAGUUGAAUCACGUCUGCUGCGAGAUCAUCGUUUGGGGCAACAAUACAGAGAUUUCAUGAAGGAGUACUACGAGCUAGGGCAUAUGAAACGUGUUGAACAUAAUGAGAAUUCGAUUUGCCCCACUUACCAUCUUCCACACCACGCCGUUGUUCGCGAGGAUAGCACCACGACAAAGGUACGUGUCGUCUACGAUGCAUCAUGCAAAACAAGCAGCGGGUUAUCCCUUAACGAUGCAAUGCUAGUUGGGCCAAUCGUACAAGACGAUUUAAGAUCCAUCGUGAUACGCUCAAGAGUUCAUCCCGUGAUGCUAAUUGCGGACAUAAAGCAGAUGUAUCGGCAAGUUUUGGUGGACGUACGCGACACACCACUACAACGUAUUGUCUGGAGGGAAGCUCCUGAUCUCACACUUGAAACCUAUGAACUACAAACCGUUACUUACGGAACUGCCAGUGCACCCUUUCUUGCAACACGGGUCCUACGACAACUAGCCGACGAUGAACAACGAAAUUUUCCGGAGGCAGCGGAAGUCCUACGAAACGACUUUUAUGUUGACGACCUUUUCUCCGGCGGUAACAACGUACCAGAAACCAUCAAUCUUCAGUCAUUACUAAAAAGAGGUGGUUUCAUGCUGCGAAAGUGGGCCUCAAAUGAAUCAGCAGUUCUAGAAGGUAUUUCAGAAGAGGACAAAGCUCUACGACAAUCAGUAGAUUUGGACCGUGACCAGCUUAUAAAAACACUUGGCCUACAUUGGAAGCCUACCGCCGAUGUGCUAAGAUACAACGUAAAACUACCACAGUCAGAACCAACGGAAAAGCUUACAAAACGCCUCGCUCUCUCGUACAUCGCACAGCUAUUCGACCCACUGGGCUUGGUGGGUCCCGUCCAGGGUUGUUAA